GCCAAGGCGGCGGCUGCAAUCGCUGACGUGUCCUUCGCGGCGCGCAGUGCUGUCGGAGGCGGUCGAGGUCGAGAGAAUUAAGGUGACAGAAGUCGAUUGUCUCGCCUCUGCAGGGGAAGGCGAGAGUAGUAGUGGUAGUAGUGGGAGUUUGGGUGGAGUCCAAAGUAUGCGAUCGAGCAAAGGCAGCAAAACCAUCAAUCAAUCAAUCAAUCAAUCAUCAAUCAAUCAAUGAUUGGAGGGCUGGAGACGUGGAAGAGGAGUCGUCGGAGUGGAUGACAGGGAGGAAGCACGGGCUUAUGUGAAAGGAUCGGCGACACAGACACUGUGUGUGUAAGAGAGAGAGAGAGAGAGAGAGAGAGAGAGAGAGAGAGAGAGAGAGAGAGAGAGAGAGAGAGAGAGAGAGAGAAGCGGAUGGUGGGGCGAGGCAGGGGAAGGGAGAUGACUCUCCCUGCGUCUCUACUAGGUGGACAUGUCUCAUGACAUGAGAGGCUGCAGACCAUUCGGAGCGGAAUACUUGCUAUCAACUACCAUCUGCCUUGGAGCGAAACCACUGUAAACUGACACGGACCCUGCCGUUUCCUUGUGCUGAUCUCGUUGGUCUGAUCCAAUUCAAUCCGUUAUAGGGAUGAAGGGUGGUGCACCGGGUGGGGCUGGUGGAGGCGUUGGUGGUGCUGGUAUGGGCGGUGGCCUUGGUCCGGGGGGGCCUGCCCCAGGCGGGGGUGGGGUUCCUCUUCCUCCGCCUCCAGGUGGAGGGCCUGGUGGGUUUCGUCAUCAGCAUCUUGGCGGGAAUCCGCCACAUCCGCCGAUGAGUCAACCGCCGGCAGGUGGGCCGCGGAUGCCGCUGCACAUGGCUGCACCUCAUCACCAGCAGUUUGGUAUCCAGCCGCAGCAGCAGCCGCAGCAACACCAGCACAUGGGCAAUUUUCAUGGAAGACCUCCAUUCCAGCCUCAUCAUCAGCAGCAACUAGGUCAACAGCAGCAGUUUGGACAACAACAACAGGAGAUGGAUCAUCGUGCAAUGCAGCACCAGCAUCAGCGAGGGCAGAUGAUUGCUCCACCACAGGGGCAGGGGCAGCUGCCGCAGCCACCACAUGCAGGGUUACCUGGUCAGCAUGGACCGUCAGGGCCUUUAGGCGGUCCUCAGGGUCAUCAUAUGUCUGCAGCCAUGGGUUUAGUGCAAGGGCAGCAAGGGGGUCUUGGUGGCGGAAUGCCUGGCCAACAGCAUGGGCAGUUAGGUGGUGGUGGCAUGGGGCAGCAGCAGCAGCAGGGGGGGGGGAUGAGUGGGCAUCACGGCCAACAUGGGCCUGGUAUGAGUGGUGGGCCUGCGCAUGGAAUGAUGGGACAACAGCAGCAGCAGCAACACCACGGGCCAAUGGGCGGUGGAGGUGGAUUGGGUCCUUCUCAAGGGCAGUCAGGAGCUGGUGAAGGUCCAGGCCAACGAGUGAUGCCUCCAGAUCAGCAGCAACAGCAGCAGCAGCAGCAGGGAGGAGCAGGGCCAGGGCCGGGGCCCGGGAACGGGGGACAACAUCACGGCAUGGGAGGGCAACAGGGGCUACCUGGGCAUAUGAUGGUGGGUGGUCAGCAAUUUGGUGGAGUUCCGAGCAUGCAAGGUCAAUUUGGGGUGCCGGGUCAGCAAUUUGGUGGAGUUCCAGUCAUGCAAGGUGGUCCUCAAACAGGUCCAGGUCAACCUCCCAUGGGAUCACAGCAAGGAGGGCCGUCACCAGGGCAUCAAGGUGGUUUUCCAGGGCCAGGGGGACUUCCGAGCCCUCGGGGCCCACCUCUUCCACCUGGGCAGCAUCCACUUGGGCAUCAACAGCUUCACCCACAUCAGCAGCAGCAGCAACAGCAGCAGGGCUCCCAAUUCCAGCCGGCUGGAUCCAGCGUGGGCCCGUCAGGCUUCCCUGCCAACAUGCGGCCUCCUGUUCCUAUGCAUGUGCAGGAAGGGGGUAUGCUGCAGCAGGGUAUGGGUGGAGGGGGAGGUGUGAGGGCCCCUGCACCACCCUUUCCCCAACCGCCACCAACCCCACCACCAGCAGGGCAGCCGCAGAUUCCGUUUGGUAAGACCACAAUGCAGCAGCAGCAACACCUGCCUGGUCAGCAAUUGAUGGGAGGUGGGAUGGAGGAUAUGCCACGGGCUCUGCCCAUGGACAACGAUGAGGCCACAGGGGGUCUGAAACAUCCUUCUGCAAGUGAGGGGGGAUUUAGUGUAUCAGGUCAGCCGCAUAUUCGACCCCCAAUGAUGGGGCAACAGCAGGGGCAGCAGCAAGUCGGGUCGCCCACAGCUAUUCCGCCUCUGGCGGCGCUACCUUCUGGUGGUGUUCAGCCGCCACAGCCGCCGCCUCUACCUCCACAGCACCAGGGACAGGGGCCUGUAUCGGCACAGCAGCAGGACAUGUCCAGGACGUCGCCCCAGCAGCAGCAACAACAGCAACCCCCUUUUCAUCCUCAGCCGCCUCUUUUAUCAGUGUUUUCGACGGGAUCUGGGCCAGUUCAGCCACCCUUGCUACCUCAACCGCUGGUGGUUCACCAGCCUGGUCAAAGUCAAUUUGGAGCUACUGGCGGGCCAGGUCUACCGGGGCCGCCUUGGGGAUUUCCGCAGGGGUCACCCCCCACAUCGGUAUUCGCACAAGCCCCCCCGACAAAUUUACCACCUCUAAUAUCUGGUCAGACUGGUCAGCAGCCACCAAUGCCACCGGCAGGUCACCCUGGCCAACCAGGUCAGCAGCAGAUGCCAGCAGGGUCUCAGAGUCCAUUAACUCCCUCACAGUUCCAGGGUCAGCCAGGUGGGGCUUUCUCAGGCGGCAGUGAAGCAGUGUCACCAUCCCAUCUCUCGGCAUGGCACCCGCCGACUGUGCCAGGUCAGACGUCAAGUACAUCUUCUGAGGGGGGGGAGCAGGCAGCUCAGCACAAGAUGCCGCAACCACCAUCAACAUCUGCCCAACAACAGCAGAUGCAAGAUGAUCAAGGUAGUCAGGAUAAUCAGAAGGGUAAUCAAGCCGGUCAUGGUGGAGGAGUGGGUGCAAAAAGUGAGGGGGGAUCUCAGAACCCCCCUUCGUCGACAAGAGAGCGGCGAAAGUCGCGCUGGGAGGCUGUUCCGGAGGAGAAGACUGGUGGGGACAAAGAAAACAUGUCAUCAGGAGGUAUGCCGUUGCAGUCGAAUGAUGAUUCACAGCAGCUGGCUAAGAUUGCACCCCAGUCUGUUCCUCCUCCCCAGCCUCCACCCAACGUGCCGAAUGGCAAUAUGUCAAACCCGUCACAGGGUGGUAUACCAGGCAUGUCGCAGCCGUUCUCUUCACCAAUACACCCAUCUCAGCCUCAACCGCCUCCACAAGUGCAGCAGCCACCUUCACAGGUGGCCCCUCCGAGUCUUUCACAGCAGCAGCUGUCCCCACAUCUGCAGCAGCAGCAGCAAAUGGGUUCCUAUCCGGGUCAGGGAGGGGUUCCAGGGGGGAUGCCAUGGGCCCAACAGCACGUGGGAAUGGGGGGAGCUGGAGCAACACCACUGCCACCAAAUGUCAGUGGAACUUCACAAGGGCUGCCCUCUGCGAGCAUGGGGUUCUCACAAGCUCCAAUGGGACAGGGAGGGAUGGGUCAACAGGACAUGAUGCAGCAGUCCCUUCGACCUCCACCUCAGGGAUCUAUGUUGAGCGGUUCGGGAACUUUUGGGGUGCCUCCUGGCCCUGUACAGCUUGGCUCACAAGCUCAGCAGCAGCAGCAGCAGCAGCAGCCACAGCCACUGCCACCGAUGGCUCAACUCGAGCAACCAGGCCAGCAGCAGGUGGCACAAACUCAACCAACCCUCGGUCAAUCGGGAUUGCAUCCACUGGGUCAAUCACAGCCACCGAUGGGGCAGCCUGGUCAGCAGCAGCUUCUCCCACCCAUGAUGGGACAGCAAAUGGGUCAGCCACAGCCACCACCCAUUGGGCAAGCUGGACAGCCGCAGCUCCCACCUAUGCUGCAGCCGGGCCAGACUCAGCCGCUGCAGAUGGGCCAGCAACCAGGGCAACCUCACGCUUUGCAAAUGGGGCAGUCUCAACCAGGCCCAAUGGGUCAGUUAGGGCAGCCCCAGGCACCGCAGGUGGGGCAGUUAGGGCAGUCCCAGGCACUGCAUAUGGGACAGUUAGGGCAGCCCCAACCAUCACAGAUGGGACAGUUAGGGCAGCCCCAACCAUCACAGAUGGGACAGUUAGGGCAGCCCCAACCAUCACAGAUGGGACAAUUAAGGCAGCCCCAACCAUCACAGAUGGGACAGUUAGGGCAGCCCCAACCAUCACAGAUGGGACAGUUAGGGCAGCCCCAACCAUCACAGAUGGGACAGUUAGGGCAGCCCCAACCACCACACAUGGGACAGUUAGGCCAGCCCCAGCCACCACAGAUGGGACAAACGGCACAGCCAGGGCAGCUGCAGAUACCUCAGUCCGGGCAACUGCCAAUGGGCCAGCCAGGACAGACCCAGGCAGGUGAGCCAGUGCAUCUGGGCCAGCCAGGGCAGACCCAGACAGGUCAGCCAGUGCAUCUGGGCCAGCCUCAGUCACCAGGAGGGCAGCUUGUGCAACCAGGUCAGCAACUACAGAUGCCACAAAUGGGACCGGUGGGGCAACAGGGUCAACAUCAGCCUCCUCAACAGGUGCCAAUGGGUGGUCACUUAGGCCAGACACAGUCGACGAUGCUGCUUGGCCAGCUCUCGUCACAGCAAUUGUCAGGGGCUUUACAGACAUCUCAUAGCCAGCUACAGAGUUCAACUCAGAUGCUAACACCUGGGCAGCUGCAAAACUCUCAGCUGCAACAGCAAGAGCAGCAGCAGCAGCAGCAGCAGCAGCAACAGCAGCAGCAGCAGCAGCAGCAGCAGCAGCAACUGCAAUCCCAAGGGCAGGUUGCACCUCAUGGGCAGACCAUGGGCUCAUUGCAAAGGCAAGGUUUGCUUCCUGGAGGAGGUGUAUCCUUGGGUGGCCAGCCUGCGUUCGGGUCAAAGGAGAGCAUUCCAAAGGAACAGGGUCAGACUCUGGAAGAAGCGAUUCAGGCGGCUGCUUUGAGGGAGCAGGAGAUUCGUGUGCAAGAGACAAUCGUUCAGCAGAGGGGCGAUAAACGUGGAUUUGAUGAGAUGAACAAGGACAGCAAUGAUGUAUUGACAGAGAGGCAUGACCCUAAUGCACUGAAGGAGAAACUGCUGAAGAUGACAGCGGACCAUCGACUGGAGGUAUCGCAGCGCCGAGCUCAAUCGGAACAGCAACAACGAGGGGAUGCGAUGGAUAUCGGCAAUGGGUAUGGAGUACCUGGAGGCGGUGCUUAUGGGAACUUGUCUUCAAGGGCCAUGGCUUUCCCUGCUACUCAUUCGUCAAUGCAGCCUAGUGCCGCUCCACUUGGGUCAAGACUGCCAGGUGUCGAUGUGAAUUUGGGUGCGCACCAUCUGACUUCGACGGCCUCGAGUAUGGCGACGCUGCCAGAUGCUUCUGCAUCCCUUUCAGCAGACGGUAGAGCUGAAAACGAACGAAUGUCCAUCUCUGCGGCACUGACGGAGCCUGGCAGAGCUUCUGGUGAGGAGAUGACAGAGGCAGUACCUGAUGGAGGGGACGACAGCACGAAGGAUGUGCCAGCUUAUCUGAAGCAAAGGUUGAUGGCACGGGGCAUCCUACAACAGGGCAGUGAAGUCUCAGAAGGCAAUACCACAAUGGUCCAAACAGGAGCAGCACAGGCGACCACAUCUGCAACUCCAACAAGUGAUGCGACAGCACCGGACAGCUCUAACACAGAACUACCCCCUGGCUGGACGAAAGGCAUCGAUCCUGCAACGAAUGCGACGUACUACUACAACGCUACAACUGGGCAGAGUCAGUGGGAUCGGCCCGUCGCUCCGAAACAGGUCAUGCCGCCGCCGCCGCCCCCUGCAAAGCAGCCGCUGCCAAAGAAUUGGGAAGAGGCAACUGAUCCUGCCAGCGGGCAAAAGUACUACUACAAUUCCAAAACCAAUGAGACGAGGUGGGAGAGGCCAACGGAACCUAUGCCCCAGGUUACAGAGCCAGUAAAAGUGGAGCCUGCCAGGGUGGAAAGCCGACCAGAGGCCGUUGUUACGGCUAACGGUAUGUUGGAGGACGCAUCCAACGGGGGUACCCCACGAUUCAAGCGCUGCUUAGAAUGUGGAGGCUGGGGAAGGGGGCUUGUUCAAGCGAACGGAUACUGCAAUCACUGCAUAAGUCUGCAGGGGCACAAUCACGAAGGCCACCUCGGAGUGCUCAACAUUCCGGCGAUUACUCCUCUCGUGACGAAGCGCGGGGCAGGGGCCAUAGCAGUGGACAAGGAUCAGGAAGUGGAGCCUGAGUUCAAGCACAAAUGGCAACAGGAUAUUGCCGCGGCGGUAGAAGCCGAGUCCAAGAAGCCGCGGAUGGAUAGGCGCCCGGGUUCAAGAGCCGGAUCAGGACUGGACCCAGCCUCAAAGUAGGGUGUUUAGUUGUGUGUUUCUCACCUCUUCUCCCUCCCGCCCUCGCCCUUCCCCCCUCGGACCUCUUCCUUCUCUUUGAUGCGAGCUUUCCCCUUCCUCUUUGCCUACCCUUUGUUUUUUCUCCCCUCCUGCUGUCUGUUCUGAUGCUUUCCUUUCCCUCCCUCGCUUCUCCACUUUGUGCGUCAUCAUUUGCUCUCUCUCUCUCUCUCUCUGCUCACAUUCUUCAUUGGAAAGCUGAACUUGUGCAUGCAUUGGAACUUCCCAUUGGACGCAGGAGCCCGCUUAUGUCAGCUCUCAUCGAUCUUCCACUUGGUUCUUUUUUUUUUUGAGAAGUGUGUUUAGGCCCUAUCAUGAUUGCGUUCGUGUUAGUCCGUCAGGAUCUGUACUCGUGAGCUGUUGACAAAUGGCUACGUGUGGUGUACCGUUCAGUCACAUGCGGGAGGGGUGGAGUCGGUGGGUGCAGGAGGGGUGAAUGUGAUGGCACGGAGAUAGUAGCUUGCAGGUUUGGGAUGGCAGUAGGAGGAGAGCAUGCAUAGCUGCAUUAAUUGUCCUUGCGAGAACGAAAGCUGAACUUGUUGUGCACACUUUAAAGAAGGAGGCGGCUCUCUGUGCUUGCGAGAACGAAAGAAUAGUGGAAAUCGCGGGAGGAUAAGAGACCUGCAUGUCGUUCUUGGUCGAAGCUGCAUAGUUGCAUUGAUUGCGGCCUUGUGCACGCUUUCAGGAAGAAGGCGGCUUUCUGUGCUUGCGAGAACGAAAGAACAGUGGAAAGCGUGGGAGGAUAAGAAGAGUAGACCCACACGUUGUUCCUUGGAUCAAGUGGGCGAAUCUGCUUCGCGGAUGGAACAGCACAGAAAUAGGACGUUGGGUGUCGGGCCGAAACCUGGCAACGUGUUUGCGUUAUGGAUACGACAUGGGUUACGCGUGUCUGGCCUUCUACAAAUUAGACGAUGCAUGUAUCUACUGGUCCUUGCUUGUCGAGUCCAAGGGACCAAGAAACGGUGCGGAGGUAGGAGGAUCAGUCAUGGUUUCUUUCGUUGAGAGGUUGCAUCUGGUCGUUGCUUGUUGAGUCGAAAAGACCAAGAAACAGUGCGGAGGUAGGAGGACUGGUGUUGGGCCGAGACCUGGCGGCGUGUUUGCGUCAUGGAUACGGCAUGGGCUACGCGUGUCUGGCCUCCAUCUUUUUUCAAGUUGGACGAAGCAUGUACGCUACUGCUCCAGGUUUCUUUCGUUGACCAGUCACCUCUGGUCAUUGCUCGUUGGGAGUCCAGACGGCCAAGCUGACCGGAUGCAAAAAUGUAGAAUGGGCCUUGUUAUGCACUCACCGUUGAGGGAGGGGUUUUGUACGAGAACAGCUGCCGGAACAGUGCUUCCUAGCAACUGAACUGAGAACAAGUAAGCCUUAGACGAGAUGGGCGCCGCACAGUUCAAAGGAAGCCCCUUGAAGUCGAUGCUUGGAGCGUUGUUUCAGCUCCGCAUUGCGGAUAGCAGUGUCGUGCUUGCAGGGGGUAACCGUUGCGGGCCUUUUCGUACCCUCGAAGUCAACGUUGCGGGUUGCCGUCCGGGGUAGAAGGGUAGAAGAGCCGUACGGGUAUUCGUUGAUGGGAGGACUUGUGGAAAGUCUACGUGGGUUGCAGGGGUAGAAGAGCCGUACAGCAGUACCCUUCAUCGGCAUUAUGGAAGGGCACACAUAUGUUAUACACCACAUACCUUGAGAAUGCCUCCAGAGUGAAAGUGGGCGACUGGAUCCCAAACAAAUUUCCGUGGCGAUUCUGCCAUUUCAUUCCUCCGGAGUGCCCUUUUUCGCUGUCUGCCUGCAGUGUUACGAGGAGGUACCGUUGUCGGGCAUUUGAUCUGUACCGGGUCAUCUUAUCUGUGGAAUUGAGCUGAAAGUUUUGCACUAAAUCCGGCUUCGAGGAGGUGCGGGUGUCGUGUUCGGGUAAAUAAAGGAUGGUGGGUAGCGAUCGUUAGGUGGUGACGAUCUGUAUUAGGGAAGAGUGCGUCUGUCUACAUUGCCUCGACACCAACCCUGGGUUCGAAAACGUUUUUGAGCAUCGUUCGCUGUAGGUGAGAGGACUAGCGAGCUUUGGUGGCAACGGUACGCAAAGGUUUGGCUGUUCCGGUGGUUCAAGGCUUCCGUGGCAGUCGACAAGCAUGCAGUUCGUCAAGCUCGUGGGAUAUCAUUUGCCGGAUUUUUCGGGAUGUGCGAGAUGGGUGUAUGUGGUAGAUGUGUCCAAACUGAAGGGUGUUUCGCGUUGGAGCGCAGGCGGUUGCAAUGAAGGCAAACGAAGUGAAGGUGACUGCAUCCAAACUGAAGAAGCGAACUGGAUGUGAAAUCACAAGGGAGAGUUUCUAUGGAGUUUUUGUAGAAAUCAGGGAGGAGCAAGAUGGGGCGACACCCAAGUGCGGGAAGAGGCUGUACAAUUAGUGAGUACGUAGAGAGAGAGAGAGAGAGAGAGAGAGAUUCUGCUAUGGAGAGACUGCUAUCACCGACUACCAGAGAGAGAGAGAGAGAGAGAGAGAGAGAGACUGCUAAUGCUGCCUGCUAUCGCUGACUACCUGGGUUAGGUAGAAGCACGAGACUGAGAGAGAGAGAGAGAGAGAGAGAGAGAGAGAGAGAGAGACUCUGCUAUCGCCGAAUACCUGGGUUAGGUAGAAGCACGAGUCUCGUUUAGGAAAUCAGGGAAAGGAUAGAGUGAGUCGGCGAACAGGUUAAGUGCAGUUUUGCUGUCUGAAAAUAUGAUGAAAAGGAGAGCAUCUCAACUUGGGAAUUAAGGAAAAGCAGAGAGGAGACUAUGAGUGCACUUAUGGAGGGCUGUUCCUAUUUGGCAACAAGGAAAAGUGGAGAAGAGAGUAUCGGUGUACUGCGAAUUUGAGUCAUAUGUGUUACAGGUUCAUUGAUCAAAAGAGAAAAUUAUGGAGGGGAGUUUUUCUUUGGGAACAAGGAAAAGUGGGGAGAGAAAAUUAUCAAGGGGUGUACUAUAAAUAGGGCUGUCGUCAGGUCGCAAGGGACAUCGCAAGGACCCUGAAACUGAUGAGCUCGAUCCGAUGGACCCAAGCUCAUACUCCGACGCCCCAAGAGGGGGGUGGAGUGUGGGUUUGAAGGGCGUACAGCCCAAGGUGGCUGACACCACGGCAACGGGCCCUUUGUUCCAGCAGCGACCAUAUCCGUCGCCAGGUGCUGUUCUCAGGAUGAAUGCGGAAGCCGCGGCCCAGCAGCAACAACAGGGAGGAGGACGGGUGCAUGGUUUGUGAAUGAAAUUCAAUCAAUGAAUGAAUUGUUCCAAGCGCCGCAUGUGAGUGAUGAAUGUAGUUGGAGGAGUGUAGGGCAUUGUGCAAGGCUGAAAAAGGGACUGCGCGAUUGCCUUCGGCAGCAUAUACACGGGCGUAUAGCUGGCCGAAAGUAGCUGCAGCAGCAUUAGCCGGGGAAAGGGGGGGGGGGGGGGGGGGGGGGGGGGGGGGGGGGGGGGGGGGGGGGGGGGGGGGGGCGGUAGAAGAGGGACCCUUUUCCCACCAGCGAAGGCGCGACGAGUUGAUGCUGAUGUCAAAGGAGAGUCCUUUUUCACACACACCAGAGCGAGGGCGGCCGUGGAUGUUUUUUAAUGGCCGGCUGAGUGACUGUUGACUGAUUAGAUAUCUGUCAGUAAGUGCGCGACGGGUUUUGAUGCUGUUGCUGUCGAAACGGGGAGCUAUCGAUGCCUCGGCUGCCGACGGCUGCAAUGGAUGUUUUUUAAUCACCGAGUGAGUGACAUUUGACUGAUAGAUAUGUCAAAGGUGGACGAUCGAACGUGGCCAUGAAAUGCUAUUGGGAAAAGCCAUUUGCAGUUAACAGCAAGAGCAGUUGGAGGAGCGUUUGAGUGCGACAAGGGAUGGUAGGUGAUGGGUGACGGUGGCAGGUGUCAAGGCUCUUGAUAGAUAAGGCCACCAAGUUUUGAGCACGGGGUACCACCGUCACAAGGUCUUGCGCCGGAAAUGUGAAGAAGGUUGUGGCGCCAGCCAUCCUGUCUGGUGUGCGAUCUAUUGACUGAUUGAUUGAUUGAUUGAUUGAUCGAUUGAUUGGUUGGUUGGUUGGUUGGUUGGUUGGUUGGUUUGAGGCUUUGUUAUGGCUGGCCAUCUAGCGGGUCAGCACUGGGGCAGGAGGAUGUAGGGAUGGAAGGAGGGAGGGAAGGAUGAGGAUGAGGCUGAUCUUGUUGCUUCUCGACGAGUCGACAUGGUCACACUGGCUGCAUUGAGCGAGCGACUGAUUCGUCGUUCCUGGUCAAGGAUGAUCUUGUUGUUUGUCGACGCCGAGAGUGAUGCCGGGAGGUAGAGAUUCACACAUGCAUCGUGUGUAGACAUUCCGAUCACAUCAGUGCGGUAUCGUCAGAGCGUCAUCGGCUGCCGUAGGUAGGUUACGCUGGCUGCAGUGAGCGAGAGACUGAUUCGUCAUUUCUGGAGAAGGAUAAUUUUGUAAGUUGGUCGACGCCGGGGAAGGACGAGAGUGGUGGUGGGAGGUGGGGAGCACAUAUGCAUCGCAUCUAGACAUUCCGAUCACAUCGGCGCGGUAUCGUCAGAGCGUCAUCGACUGCCUUAGGUGCCAAUGCAGUCGUGACGGUGCUCGUUUGCAAAUUAAGUGGGGACCACUGAUGAGGAUGGUCAACCGUGUGUUGGAAGCCAGGUGUUAAUUUAGGGACUGAGGUCAAGUGGGGACCACAGACAGCAGGCAGGCGAGUUAUAGUUAAUUUAGGGACUGAGGUCGAGUACGAGUGGAAGUGUGACACCAUGUGUACAAAUGAGCGAGCCAUGAGUACAAAUGGGGUCCGCCACAGACAGAAGGCGAGUUUUAGAGAGUAGGAGAGUGAGGUCAGCGACGAGAAGAUUGACAGACUCAGAGUGUGUGAUGGUUUGCGAGAGCACAGGAGUGGAAGAGGACCAUGUCGAGAGAGAGCGUGAUGUUUUUAGGUGAGAGCGUGAUGUUUUCAUGAGAGAGAGGGAGAGAGAGAUAGAGAUUCUGUAGUCGUGCGAAAUUGGGUGGGAUGUCCGGGGUUCUGAUAGCAUGUUCACAAUGGGAAAAUGCUGGAUGUAUGUGACAGCACUUGUGGCCAGUCCUGGAUGUAUUUGACUGCGAUUCCGUCCCGGGUCAGUUGAAACAGUCCCAAGUGUGGAUCGGCUGGAAUCACCUGUAUGGUUUGCAGAACCGCCAUGCACAGGGGAGGUGGACUCCAGGCAGGAGAUGCAUGAAUGGAUGUAGUCAUAUGAAGCUCACCGUGGAGUUUCCUGGAUGAAUGUGACUGCAAUUAUGGCCAGGUGCGGAUGUUUCUCACCACAAUUACGUCCAGAGAUCAGUCCGCGGAAACAGUCCGAGUGUGGGUACACCCUGAAUCUCUGUGCGUAGUGGAGGUGGAUUCUUGGGAGAUGUAUAGAGUCGUAUAAAGUGCACGUAGGACUUUGACUGAUGUAAGUGGACACGAUUACGGUCAGGACCGGGAUGUAUCUGACCACAAUUACGUCCAGAAACCAGUAGAACAAGUCCUCAAUUACGUCCAGAAACCUGUAGAAAAAGUCCUUGUAUGAAGUUAUGAUGAAGCCAAUUCAAGCGCCCGAGCCCCGCUUAGCAUCGAACCUUU